AUGCGACAGCAACACACUGCCGAUCUACAAAACAUGCGUGCCAAGCACGAAAUUGACCUAGCGGCAUUGCGUACCGCUAACGAAGCUGACCUAGUGGCGCUGCGCGCUGAGAAUGAGCGUAUUCGCGCUCAACUGCCUCAGUGCCCCUCUGAUCAGCCUCCUCAACCGAGUAACCAACACGAGGAAGAGGGGCACUCGGUCUCUCAACUGCACACAGCACCUAGGGCACCGACUCCCAGGCCUGCCACACAUCGGUCACACGCACCGACGAACAGGUCGGCCCAUGAAAUCAGCAUUGCCCCUGCCCAGGUUCCUGGGAACCGGAUGACCUUUCAUCGCCAUCCUUUCGUGGAUGGUAUCAUGGAAAUGCCUCUCUCCUUUGGUUGGAAGCCUCUCCACCUCGGCCGCUACGACGACACGACGGAUCCGGACGAGCACAUCUAUCUAUACACUACACAGGUCAACCUUUACACUAACGAUGAUGCUAUUCUGUGUAGGGUUUUUUCGACCUCGCUCAAAAGGGCCGCACUCAAUUGGUACACCCAAUUACCAGCUGAGUCGAUCGAUAACUUCCACACUUUGGUCAAGCAAUUUAUGGCUCAGUAUGCCACGAGUCGGCGUCACCAUGUCACAUCGGCCGCUUUGGCCAGUCUCAGGCAGGGCGACGAUGAGUCAUUGAGGACAUUCAUGGAGCGCUUCGCCGGCAUCUCGGUCAAGAUCCAAAAUUUGAAUCCCGAAGUCGCCCUGCACGCCAUGCUCAUCGCUCUCAAGCCCGGACCCUUCAUAGACAGCCUGUGUCGUGAGGCUCCUCGUGACAUGGACGAAUUCCGUGCCCGUGCCGCCGGGUACAUCCAGAUGGAAGAGCAUUCCACUUUUCGUGAUCAGGUCCGUGGCAAGUCACAGGCAAAGCCAGACAAUGGUCACAGGGACAAGAUGAAGGUCAACAAUGACAGCCAGUUCAAGAAGUCUACCAAGGCAAACAAAGGGGGGAGAUAUGACUUUUACACCCCCCUGAGUACAACCCGAGUACACAUCCUGGAGGAAGCUAGCAACAACAACGUGCUCACUUUACCUCUACCCGGGCACAAUCCCAACAACGCCGACAGGACAAAGCAUUGCCGGUACCACAGAAACCACGAUCACACCACCGAGAAAUGUCGUACACUUCGGGAUCGUAUUGAGGAGCUCAUCCAGGCGGGCCACCUCGGACAAUACGUACAGCGGCAGCAGGGUCACUGA